AUGGGAAGCAAGGGUAAGACUAUUGUAUGGUUUAGGAGGGAUCUCAGGAUAGAGGACAAUCCUGCCUUAGCUACUGCUGCUAAGGAAGGGUGUGUGCUACCUGUGUUCAUAUGGUGCCCCGAGGAAGAAGGACAAUUCUACCCAGGCCGAGUUUCAAGAUGGUGGCUGAAGCAGUCUCUGAUCCACUUAGACCAAUCUUUGAGGUCUCUUGGGGCUGCACUUGUGCUGAUCAAGGCUCAGAGUACUCUUGCUGCUCUUUUGGAAUGCAUAAAUGCCAUUGGGGCGACAAAAGUUGUAUAUAACCAUCUUUAUG